UUUAUUUAUUUAUCCUAACAAACAACCGCUAGCUGAAAUUUCUUACUAUAAAUAGCAGAAUUCCAAUCAUUCAAUUUGUGCUUUGUUACUCUCUGUAUUCGUUCAACAAAUUCUUGUAUCCUCAUUUGGGCCUUCUUUUGACGGGAUUUCGAAGUACUUUUGACAGUUAAAAUGGCAAGGAAGAAGAUCAGAGAGUAUGAUUCCAAGAGACUGUUGAAAGAGCAUUUCAAGAGGCUUUCUGGUUCUGAAUUGGCUGUCAAAUCUGCCCAAGUUACCGAGUCAACUGAUUUCAAUGAGCUGGUCGACAAAGAACCUUGGCUCUCAUCUACAAAAUUGGUUGUCAAACCUGAUAUGCUAUUUGGAAAGCGUGGAAAAAGCGGUCUAGUUGCCUUGAACCUGGAUCUGGCUGAAGUUGCAGCUUUUGUGAAGGAACGGCUCGGCAAAGAGGUAGAGAUGGGGGGAUGCAAAGGACCGAUUACGACCUUCAUUGUUGAACCAUUUGUUCCUCACAACGAAGAGUUCUACCUCAAUAUAGUCUCUGAGAGGCUGGGUUGUAGCAUCAGCUUUUCAGAAUGUGGAGGCAUUGAAAUCGAAGAGAACUGGGACAAGGUGAAGACAAUCUUUGUGCCAACUGGCGUAUCUUUUACACCAGAGCUAUGUGCUCCACUUGUGGCAACCCUUCCCUUGGAGAUUAAAGGUGUCAUUGAGGAGUUCAUCAAAGUGAUCUAUGCUUUGUUUUUAGAUUUGGAUUUCACUUUUCUUGAGAUGAAUCCUUUCACCUUAGUUGACGGAAAGCCAUAUCCUUUGGAUAUGAGAGGCGAACUCGAUGAUACUGCUGCAUUUAAGAACUUUAAAAAAUGGGGAAAUAUUGAAUUUCCUAUGCCAUUUGGAAGAGUCUUGAGUGCUACAGAAAGAUUUAUUCAUGGACUAGACGAAAAGACUAGUGCAUCUUUGAAAUUUACAGUUUUGAACCCGAAAGGCCGAAUUUGGACAAUGGUGGCUGGAGGAGGCGCAAGUGUCAUCUAUGCAGAUACUGUUGGAGAUCUUGGUUAUGCCUCCGAGUUGGGGAACUAUGCAGAAUAUAGUGGUGCUCCCAAUGAAGAGGAGGUCUUGCAGUAUGCCAGAGUUGUUAUCGACUGUGCAACUGCAGAUCCUGAUGGUCGUAAACGAGCACUUGUAAUUGGUGGUGGAAUAGCCAAUUUUACUGAUGUUGCUUCUACAUUUAGUGGCAUAAUUCGAGCUUUGAAGGAGAAGGAAUCGAAGCUGAAGGCUGCAAGAAUGCAUUUAUACGUCCGAAGAGGAGGUCCUAAUUACCAAAAGGGACUUGCGAAAAUGAGAUCUCUUGCAGAAGAAAUCGGCCUUCCUAUUGAGGUGUAUGGACCUGAAGCAACCAUGACUGGCAUAUGCAAACAGGCAAUUGAGUGCAUUACUGCUGCUGCAUAAAGCUACCGUCUCCGGUUACAAACUCUUUUGUGACAUCUUUUUCCAAUGCGUUUCGCCAUUUUUGUACCCCAAAUACGAAGGGAAUUCAAAAACGUAUUUGAAUUUGACAUAAAUAAGCCUUAUGUUAUCUAAGCUUGUUAUUCUUUCUCAGUUUUCUAAUGAAAUGCUUACUUCAUUUCCUCUUUA